AUGUUUCGUUAUCUAAACUUUACAACAACUGCCAAGACUAGAGUAAUAGUUUUUGUGUUGUUUCUCGGUUCAUUAACUCGUGCUGAAGAUCGCGCUACGUCGGCAGCUUCCGUUACAACCAACUCGAACCAAUCAACAUCUCUUGGUUCGGGUUCUACGAGGCAAAUAGAUGGUUAUGUUAAACGGAAUGCAAAUUUGAAGGAUUUAUCAACAUCAAGUUCGGCCAAAAGUUAUGAUACACCGCCAGAAUUUUAUAGAGGUCCAGGUUCCACCAGCCAAACAUCAUCUCCGACAACAGGCUCGUCUUCAGCAACAAUCAAUACACCAUAUCAUAAUCGCGACAGCGCCACAGCAAGCUUUAUCUCCAAACCUAUCAAGUUUCCAGACCUAAGCAGCCACAAAAAAUUCCACAACAACGCUCCCAGUCAACAACUUGCGAGCUCUUUCAACAGCUGGCAACAACAACGCGGACAAAGCGCUCAGGAUCGGAUCAGUGUGAAACCUUAUGGCAGCAACGAGGUGCAUGGACUAAGUUCGGGUUAUGCACCUGGCGGAGGCGGUGACCACUUAAGUUACCACGACAUACGACCCUACACAACCGGUGGACACUACAUCGAAUACGGUCCUACACAUGCCGGUGGACACUACGGCGCCAGCGGUCAUAGCGGCUACUAUGGCGGAGCGCACAGUGGCGAGGCCGGCGCUAUACCCUUCGACGUAUACGGCGGCAAAGGCAGCGGUCACUAUGCGGGCGCCGGUGGUGAGUACUCAUACACUUACCCCGAAGUGCCGCAUGAAACGGCAGCGCACAAGGGCCAGCACGAGCUAUCGCAGAAGGCUUUGUUGGCUAAAAGCUUUCUUAUACCGCUCGCAAGCGCCGCAGUUUUGGGCAUCGCCGCGGCGUUGGUCAGCAAUCCGCUGCUACUGCAAUUGGGCACAGUGUCUGGUGUGCCUGUGGGCGUGGUGGGCAAAAGACGACGUCGAGAUUUGCGAACUUUGAGUGCAGCGAAAGCAGGAUUAGUGGCGAGUGAGCUGCCGAAGUCUGAAAGGAAAGCUGCGACGGGUGCAGACAUGGCUUAUCGCGCACAACAUCUGCGGGCCAAGUCACGCGUAUAG